AUGGGUAGCAGAGGAGUCGGGGAUAUUUCUACAAUAUUUCAUCCCCAGCAGGCUCAUACCCCAAGUAUUAUUCUUGGUGAUAAUCAGCAAAAUCAUGGUCCUCAAAACACUGCUAGUCAAGUUACUCAUGAUAAUUCUGGCUGUGAACAGCAACAAGGAUGUAGCGUUAGUGGUGGCUGUGGUGACUCUGUACCGAGUUGUCGUCCUCUGGAGGCAAGUGGAGGCGGAAUUAGUCCUGGUGGUGUUGCAGAUAAUCAGGGACACAAUACGAGUCAAACUCAAGUCCAGUCCCAUGUAACAGUACCACCAGUCACUUAUCAACAAAGGCCUAAUUCUUUAUCCGCUUGUUAUGCAUCCUGUUGUGCCGAAUCUGCGAAAAAGAUAUAUUUUGGAGUGUGCGUCACAAUAUGUGUCACGGCAAGUUGGGUCGGUGCGACACACUGUAUCAAAUAUUUAUAUUUUCACAAACACGAAACUUCUAAUUAUUCAUCAUUUUCUAAUUCAUCUAUUACAGGACAUCAUCAAGAUGUUUCAUAUAAUGCUCCAUUCUUCACAACCUGGUUUUGUACGAAUUGGGAAAUUCUUUACUUCCCAGUUUAUUUUCUUUGUCAAUCUGCAAGAAUUAAAUGUAAUACUCCAUCCGAAAUAAUUGCAGAGAGUUUACGAGGUUUCCGUGACAAAGGGUUUACCGGUGGUCGUUUUCUGAUCAGAUGUAGCCUUUUCUGUGGGCUUUGGGUAGUUACAAAUUAUAUGUACAUUUAUUCGCUCAGGAUACUGUUAGCUACCGAUGUUAUGGCACUUUUCGCAACGAACGUGUCUUGUGUGUAUCUGUUAUCAUGGGUUAUUCUUCAUGAGCAAUUUGUUGGAGUAAGGAUAGUAGCAGUUAUUUUAUGCAAUACUGGAAUUGCACUUUUAGCAUACAUGGAUGGUAUAACUGGAAGUCCUACUCUUGGAGGUGUUGUCUUGGCAACAUCUGCGGCAGCUGGUUCUGCAGUUUAUAAGGUGCUGUUUAAGAAAGUGAUAGGAGAAACAACAUUUGGUCAAAUGUCAUUAUUCUUUUCUCUUAUCGGGUUGUGUAAUGCGGCAUUGUUAUGGCCAGUUUGUUUGGCUCUUUACUUCUCGGGUGCAGAAAGUAUACACUGGGGUCAAUUACCAUGGACAGCACUACUUUCGGCAAGCAUUUUGCAUUUAGUUGCAAACAUGCUUGGUAACUUCAGUAUUGCUCUGACCUACGACCUAUUCAUUACGCUAGGAUUGAUCACCGCUGUACCUGUAUCCGCUGCAUUGGAUGUUCUUUUAUACGGAGCCCACUUUAUGGGCAUGAAGUUGGCAGGAAUGAUUUUUAUAGCAGUUGGCUUCUUUCUCGUGAUGUUCCCAGACAAUUGGCCAGAUUACAUAACCAGACUACUCCGAAACAUAGUCCUCAUGAGUCACAGUUCGAGGUGGAGUAGAAGACACGGACAUGGCGUAUCGGGAGGUACACAACGUGAUGUGAUUGAUUAUCGAACCGGUUACAUAAAAUCGCACCUUCGCUCACCUUCAGGAAGAGUUCGGUGACUAGGUGUACUAUCGUUUCAAUUACAGGUAGAAUUGGUUUGCCAAAACAAUAACGUGGACCUUCAAAACGUUUGCAGUUCAAUUCAAUAAAUUUCAGAAUAGUAACAA